AUGCGAAAGCUCCAUGUCAAGCCCAAGCAGUGCACACUAUAUGUGGAUGUCAACAAAGUAAAGCACGAGGAAUCUGUCGUAGUGGACGAACUAGCCGAACACUGUACGCUUUCCUUUGCCAUUCGACGACAGGAGGCGUACGAUGCCCAACAAGCGGUUCGGCUCCAGCGCUAUGACUACAUUAUGCCAACAGUAGAGUACCACCCAUCCCAUCCCAAUUAUGCUUCGACAAUUGGUAUCAAUGCACUAAGGGUUGUCCAACAAAGCGUACCCAAGGCAAUUUAUUGGAUUGUGGAUACGCCUCAAGAUUUGGAACGGGUUGCUCUCUUGCGUGGGUAUGGAAUUGUCUCCAACCGGCCAUUGGAAAUGGUUAAACUGGUUCAGGAUACCCGCGUGUGGUGCCUGCCUUCCCACUAG